AUGGUUCCCUACUCUGCCAUUGUGCCACGGCCCUGGCCUUCCAGUACUUCAUGGUCUGCUACUGCUUCACGGCCCAGGACCUCCAGUGUUCCACUGUCUGUCAUUGCUCUGCGGCCCAGGCACGUCAGCUCGUCUGAGAAUCAGGACGAUCAGAGAGAUUCUCCGUCUUCCCAGAGUCCUCCAGUAAUCCGGGCGCCGCCGAGAAAAACGAGUCGCCGUUUGUGGCGCCGACAGCUGGACAGCAGCAGUUCAGACAACAGCCCGAUGACCACUAACCCGGUUAACAACAUAAGACUGGACACACCUGAAUAUCACAGACAGAAACCUGGAAAACCAGACAAAAAGAGUCAAAACAGAAGGAUUUCAUUUUCUGAUGUUUCAAGUGAGUUGGCUGAGGCUGAUUGCCUUGAUAAUAACUCUAAUUUAAGCAAAAAAGCUUUUGCACCUGCACAGAAAAGCAUUAACAACCAAGAUUCAUCUGAUCUCAAACCGGACGAUCAAACCAAUGAGAAAUCGACUGAAAAAUCCCUGAAGAUCACUGGAACCAACAUGGAACAACAUCAGCAUGAACUGAACUCAGAAGCGUCUUUAGUUUCACAGCUGAAGAUUUUUAAAGAAGAACUCAAACAGUGUGAAGACGCCACUGACAUUAAACAACAGACGGUUUCACAGGAACCAUUUAAGAUCAAGAAUCCUUCAUCCAUCUCCUCCAGAAACACACAGUCCAAUACAGAUGCUCUUCAGAAACCAGACACUCCCAGACCAAAGUCAUGUGUGAAAUGGAAGAAUGUUUUGAUGCAGAAAGCAUUAUGUUCUUUCACCUUUCCAUAUGAGAAUCAGGAUCUGACACAUAAAUCCUGGUGCAGAUUUACACUGGAAGACGGUCUGACGCCUGCAGGCCGAAGCGACACAGACCGACCUGACGUGACGCCUGAAUGUCCUGAGAAACCAGAUGAAGAUCACAUCAAGAAUGAAGCUGCGGGAGACGCUUUCAUACCAAACUAAAGAAACAGCAGAGGCUGUCAGAUGCUGGUGGAUCCAGAGUAUUAAAGUGAAGACAAUAAGCAUAACAAGGAGUGAAUGCUGGACAUCAGGACCAAAUUUUAUACACUUUAUAUGAUAUUUUAUAUUAGUCCUAUUGUGAACUGAUAUUAUUUUUUAGCAUUGACAUCUGUGAGUAUGAAUUUUUAAAACAUUUUUAUGUAAUUGUAACGAAUGACCACGUGAUGGCAGUGUU